AUGCCGUAUGGCGGUCAAGACAACAAUCGCAGCAGUGGCAGCGGCUAUGGUCGAGGCCGGGGCUCUGGUGGCGGGCGCCGUGAGUACGACGACCAGCGCGGCUCCGGCGGUGGCCGCGGCUCCUACGACCGUGGCGGGCGUGGGGGCAGCCUGGACUCUGUGGAUGAGGGCUCUUCCGGCCAGCAGCGUCGCAGCGGCGGAGGCAGCUACCAGGGCAGCCGUGGCGGAGGUGGUGGCUACCGUGGUGGCGGUGGCGGGGGUGGAGAGGGCGGCAGCUAUCGGCAGGGUGAUGGUGGUGGCUACCGUGGCGGCGGGCGCGGCGGUGGCAGCUACCAGGGUGGCGGCCGCGGCUCCCGCGGCGGUGUGGGUGGCGGUGAGGGCCGCUUCCAGCGCGUGCUGAGCCCUGAAGUGGAGGCCGCCAACGCUUCCAUCAGAGCGGCCUCCAGCUGGCGCGAGCUGCAGCGCAUCCUAGAGUCAGCCGGUGGUGGCGGCUCCAGCCUGGACCCAUUCCAGCUGGUGGCCAUGCUGUCGCGUGCUGUGGCGCUUCCGUCUCCCGGCGCCCACGAGCCCGAUGACCUGGCGGAUUAUCAGGGGUUUGUGGCGGGGGUGUACGGCUGGCUGCUGUCCAAGGUGGAGUUGGCGCGCCCCCAGCAGCUGGGCCUGGCGGUGUCGUGUGUGGCGCGGCUUGGGCUGUACAACGCCGAGCUGGUGGGGGCGCUGGUGGCCAAGAGCGAGCGCGAGCUGCACAACUUUGGUGACCAGGACAUCGUGCUGCUGCUGGAGGGCAUGGCCACUCUCGGCUAUGCCCCAGAGCCCAGCUUUGCCGACCAGCUGCUGCGGCGCACCCAGGACCGCCUGCGCACCAUGGAGUCGCGCAACCUGGCGGCGCUGCUGGGUGCGCUGCCGCGCCUGGGGUUGACCCCCAGUCCAGAGUGGACGGCGGCCUACGCCGACGCGGCCCUGGCCACCGUGCGCAACUUCAAUGCCACCCAGUUCUCCUCCCUCGUAGUCAACCUCGCCUCUGUGGGCUGGCGUCCCUCGGGCCCUGCGCAACUGCAGCCGCUGGUGGACCGCUGCUACCCUCUCCUGCAGUACGAGCUGCGUGUGGACCGCGAUCGUUCAGGCAGAGCCACGGCGGCACCAGCGGUGGCGGCGCCGGCUGCGGCACCAGGGGCGGCUGCCGGUGCAGAUUCGACUGCGGCGGCUGGGGCGCCGCCCCAGCAGCAGCAGCAGCAGCAGCAGCAGCAGCAGAAUGCGGGGCAGCAGCGGUGGGGCCAGCAGCGGCGGUCUGAGCGGCCCGGCCCUGUGGAGCCCCAGGUGGCGAUCGACUGGCUCGUCAAUGUUGCCUGGGCCCUGGCACAGAUGGUCGCUGGCACAGGCGCCAGGCUGCCGCAGCAGUGGACGACCGCCGUGUUUGACAAGCUGCAGUACGUGCGGCGCUUCAUGCGGCCUGCUGAGCUGGCCAGCCUGGUGUCGAGCUGUGCCUACCUGGGGGCGCGGCCCUCCGACGCUACUAUGGCUUCCCUGCUGCGCGACCUGCAGAACAUGUACAGCGACGCGUCAGGCGACGACCUCGCCAAUUUCGCCAUGGCAAUGGCCCAGUUCCAGUACCGCCCUGCGGACCGAUUCCUGGACGACUUCCUCAUCACCCUGCGCAGGAAGCUGCCCAACACCAGCGCCACGGGGCUCAGCACUAUUGUUGCCGCGCUGCCAGCGCUCAGCAGCGGUGUCCGCCUGAACGAGGUCGUGGCUGAUGCGCAGGCGCGCUACGACGCCCUGGCCCAGCAGCAGCAGGCGGAGAUUGAGGCGUACCAGGCGGAGGGCGCCGAGAGCUACCAAGAUCCGCAGCAGGACCCCUCUGCAGCCCCUGAGGCGGUCACAGCCUAA